AACGAAAUCGUAGAGUUUACUCGGCUCAGACUUAGCGGAGUGAGAAUCAGAAUUUGGAUUUUUUAUGCCAUUUGUUAGACUAAGGUCACCAGUGUAGGCCUAGGCCUAUGCUCAUUUUUAUCAUCCAUAAUUCGUUUUUAAUAUUAUAAAAGAUGGAGAAACGCAAGCUCUUUUCCACUCAUGGUCCACCAGCCAAGAGAGCCCAUGCCGACUUUGAUGACGACCCUUCAACUUUCGAAGAAGAAUUAGCUCACCUAGAAAAGUUAGAGUCAGAAUUGACCUCAUCCAACCAUACAGUCAAUGGAUCAUCGGUAUCUGGUAACACAAAAUGGAAGAGGCCACCGCCACCAAAUUUGGACCCAAAAACUGAUAAAUUUGUAUUCCAGCAGAUUGAUCUUGAUCAUUAUAUUGGUACGCAUAUGGACAACAUGCCCGGCCAAUCAAAAGGUCCUGUGCCUAUUAUCCGUAUGUUUGGAAUAACGAUGGCUGGGAACAGUGUGCUAUGUCAUAUUCAUGGCUUUGCCCCCUAUUUCUACAUACAAGCUCCCAAAGACUUUGAGGAAAAGCACUGUGUCUUAUUCCGUGAACAACUGAAUAAACUUGUGCUUGGUGACAUGAGGUCAAACAAAGAUAACAUCUCUGAUGCUGUGUUGGCAGUAGAUCUGGAAAGCAAAGAAAGUAUUUAUGGUUAUCAUGGAAAUAAGAAAUUGCCUUUUCUGAAGAUCACCGUGGCUGUCCCAAAAUUCAUUGCACCUGCUAGACGUCUUCUUGAACAAGGUUCUCUUAACCUUUCACCCAUGUAUCCUCCAAAGGCUUUUCAAAGUUACGAAAGUAAUAUUGAUUUUGAAAUUAGGUUUAUGGUAGACACUGAAGUUGUUGGUUGCAACUGGAUAGAGCUCCCAGCAGGACAAUACUUUGUUAGGAAGAAAGAUGAUGCACAGUCCCUGUGUCAGGUGGAGGUGGAUGUAGCAUGGGAUAAAUUCAUCAGUCAUGCAGCAGAGGGGGAGUGGCAAACUGUGGCACCAUUCAGAAUUCUUAGUUAUGAUAUUGAAUGUGCUGGUAGAAAAGGAAUUUUCCCUGAGCCUGAUAAAGAUCCUGUGAUACAGAUUGCCAACAUGGUGAUAUGCCAAGGGCAGAAAGACCCAUUUGUCCGUAAUGUGUUCACAUUGAACACAUGUGCACCCAUUGUUGGAAGCGAGGUUCUGUCAUAUAGUAACGAGAAAGAAUUAUUGAAGAGUUGGUCAAAGUUCAUUAAGGAUGUUGACCCUGACAUCAUCACUGGUUACAACAUCCAAAACUUUGACAUGCCGUACCUUCUGAACCGUGCAGCAGCUCUGAAGGUGACAGACUUUCCUUUCUUCGCACGUAUAAAGGGGUCACGAAGUGUAAUCAAGGAAUCUACGUUCCAGUCGAAGCAAAUGGGAAAGCGCGAGAAUAAAGUAGUUAACAUUGAGGGCAGAGUUCAAUUUGAUUUAUUUCAGAUUCUUUUGCGCGAUUACAAGUUGAGAUCAUAUCGACUGAAUGCCGUGAGUUUUCACUUUCUACAGGAGCAGAAGGAAGACGUACAGCAUUCUAUUAUUACAGAUCUACAAAAUGGUUCAAGUCAAACUCGACGACGACUUGCCGUGUACUGUCUGAAGGACGCCAUGUUGCCGAUCCGUCUUCUCGAAAAGCUUAUGUGCAUUAUCAAUUACAUGGAGAUGGCGAGGGUCACAGGUGUGCCACUCUCCUACCUACUCUCUAGAGGGCAGCAGAUUAAAGUAGUGUCACAGCUAUUGAGGCAUUCUAAAGAACAGGAUCUGUUGAUGCCAUCGCAAAAAAUAGAUACUGGCGAUGAGUAUGUUGGAGCAACGGUCAUAGAACCAGAAAAGGGUUACUACAAUAUGCCAAUUGCAACACUUGAUUUCUCUUCCCUGUAUCCAUCCAUCAUGCAAGCCCAUAACCUCUGCUAUACCUCUCUCCUUCAGAAGAGUAUGAGAGAAGAAUUAAACCCCGACCAGUACAUCAAAACACCAUCUGGGAACUACUUUGUCAAGGCGUCAGUGAGGAAAGGUCUUCUUCCUGUUGUGUUGGAAGGCUUACUAUCUGCGAGGAAAAAAGCCAAGGCAGACCUGAAAAAGGAAACAGAUCCUUUUAGGAAAGGGGUCCUCGAUGGACGACAAUUAGCCUUGAAAAUGAGCGCCAACUCCGUGUAUGGUUUCACUGGUGCCCAAGUUGGCAAGCUACCAUGUUUAGAGAUAUCCCAGAGUGUUACAGCGUUUGGACGAAUGAUGAUUGAACGAACGAAAGACUUGGUGGAAAGCAAGUACACAGUUGCCAAUGGCUACAACCACAAUGCCAAGGUAAUAUAUGGUGACACAGAUUCUGUGAUGGUAAAGUUUGGUGUGGAUACAGUCCAGGAGAGUAUAGACCUGGGCAAGGAAGCAGCCGGGUGGAUUACCAAAGAAUUCCCAGAUCCAUGCAAGCUAGAAUUUGAAAAGGUUUAUUUUCCAUAUUUACUGAUCAACAAGAAGCGGUAUGCAGGGUUAUAUUUUACACGUGCUGAUACGCAUGACAAAAUGGAUUGCAAGGGUAUUGAAACAGUUCGCCGUGAUAAUAGUCCACUUGUAGCAAAUCUUGUGAAUGCUUGUCUGCAGAAAAUAUUGAUUGACAGAGACCCUGAUGGGGCUGUUGAGCAUGCCAAGCAGACCAUCUCUGACCUCCUAUGCAAUCGAGUUGACAUCUCGCAACUCGUAAUCACUAAGGAGCUAACCAAGACAGGGGAGGAAUAUGCAGGGAAGCAGGCUCAUGUUGAGUUAGCUGCAAGAAUGCGUAAAAGAGAUGCAGGUAGCGCUCCCUCUCUCGGUGAUCGUGUUCCAUACGUUAUCAUCUCGGCUUCCAAAGGUGCUGCUGCCUAUGAAAAAUCAGAGGAUCCUAUAUAUGUUCUUGAGAAUAAUAUCCCAAUUGACACAAAGUAUUACCUCGACAAUCAACUGAAAGGGCCUUUGUUACGAAUAUUUGAACCGGUUCUUGGUGAGGCAAAAGCUCUCUCGGUCCUCUUCAAGGGCGACCACACAAGGACAAAGACACAGAUAACGUCCAAGGUCGGUGGUCUGGCUGCAUUCACUAAGAAACGUAGUACCUGCAUAGGAUGCAGGACGCCGUUGGAUCGGGACAAUAUAGCUGUCUGUAAAUAUUGCAAAGAGAAAGAGUCAGAGUUGUUCCAAAAAGAGAUGUCCCAAUUCAAUGCCAUGGAAGAGAAAUUCUCAAGACUAUGGACACAGUGUCAAAGGUGUCAGGGUAGUCUACAUGAAGACGUCUUAUGUUCAAGUCGGGAUUGCCCAAUUUUCUACAUGCGAAAGAAAGUACAGAAAGAUCUUGCUGACCAAGAUAAAUUAAUCCGCCGUUUUGGGAAUCCAGCAUGGUAGAGGACCACACCACGAUAGCCUGCCGGAUGGAGUGAACUUGGACUGCCUCCUUUUUGGAAGGUAGGCCAAGUGAGGAAUAUUUUCAACUGCUGCUUUUGCGAAAGGCUACAUUUACUUCAAAGUUCCGCGAACUAUAGUCCGCGACCUAAUUUUGGGCCUCAAAACAUUUUUGGAGGGUCGUGGAGUUGCUCAGAAAAAAGAAUUUGUUUUUGUAAAACUACUUCAUUGAUACAGUAAAUACACAUUUUAUACAAAAUGUUGGCAUUAGAGCAGAUGAUGUCAAGUUAUUGUAUAUCGUAAGAACAUGGAGGUAAUGUUCAUGAUCGGAACUUUUUGCCAGGUUGUAAUAUUUUGGUCCCUGGCAUGGCUGGGCCAGGGGCUUGGUGCCUAGAAUCGAAAUACGGCUGAGAUGUUAAAAAGUUAGCAGAACGCUGCUUUAUUUGGCAUACGUACUACGCGAGCACUAAUUUGCAGGUGCUACUUUCAUAAAACAUUUGUCAUCAAUACACUACAGUACUUUUGCAAGGAACUUCAUGUAUAAUCAUUUGUGCAAAUAUUACUACGUGAUUAAUUGUCUGGAGAGAAAUGUCAGUCUAAGUGUAUAUUAAUAUUAUGUCUACUUUGGUCUGUACCUUUUGGGAAAUAUCUACACUUCUUACAGAUCAGAUCUUUAAUGUGCAAACGUGUUGCACAGGGUAACAAUAACCUGAAGUUGUAAUAUCGUAACUAAAGUGCGGGGGAGGGGUAGCAAUCAGAUCUCCUUGGUUUAGCAUCUUAAAUGUGCACACAAACUAUGGUGCACGCGGUAUCAAUGACCUAAAUGUGCAUUAUAAUGAUUGAAACAGAGGGAGAGCAGAAAUAAAAUGUUUGUUUCAGCAAAAACAUAGUGCCUACCAUAAAUUUACCAAACUGAACUAUGUUUCAUUCCCCUUAUAUUCUUUCUCAUAUUUGCUUAGGAAUUUGUACUUGGCGAAGUUACAAAUAUUAAAUCCUGUUUUAUUUUAUUCUGUGGCUAGGGGAAACUUUCCCUAAACUACCAAUUAAUUUCCAAAAUCGUCUUGGGUACAUUUCAGUAGACAACAUAUCCAUUACAUUGUGUGAGUCCUAUUAUCAAAAUAAUAUUAACAAUGACGUUUUUUUUCAAAUGAACAAAUAUUGGAACCAGCUGAUAGUGCAGUUUAAUUCAUAGUUCAUUUAUAACAUGUUUUUUUUUUUUUUUUCCUGGAAGUACGACUACUGUUUUGUGCUUGGUACUGGUACUACAUUUGUAAUUGUAAUUGUAAUUUCUAAUUGAAUAUUGUAAGCUUUUUUAUUAUUACAAUCACUUUGUCAUUUUUUUUAAUGAAUUCUAUGGUUCAUGGUUUAGCCAUGAACUAUGUAGUUGCUGCAUAUUCAGGUCGACUUAAACCAGCUUGAAGUUGCUAGGCUAGCUUUUGUAAGCUAGCCAGGCAUUUGACCACUGGAUUUUGAAAGAUAUAACCACAUGGACUGCUUCUGUAUAUAAUGACGAGAAGUAAAGAGAAUAAUAAUUCUUACAUUACAUGAUGCCUUACAACAAAGAGUAUAGAAUUGGUCCGAAUUGCCCUGUAUGCACGCAAUGGAACAUUAAUGAAAAAAUACUGCCACAAGAUAGGGGGCGCCCUAGUAGAAUUCGAAUAGAGUUAACUCAAAACUCAUCUUGUAAGGACAUGCCCUUUGUGAUAGUACUUUUUGAAUAGGAUUAUGUUCCAACAAAACCACGAGAGUUGCGCCUCUUGCAGUUCGAUCUACACUUUUUGUAAACAACCUUGAAGUUCUUGCAGUAAGUGUCUAAAUUCACAGAUGACUUGGACUCUAUAACCAGGUACACCCUGCUCCUUUUUUUUUUCCCCGCAAUUUUUUCCCACCAGCUGCAUAAUAUUGUAAUAAAGGUCUGGUUAAACACAUCAAGCUAUUAAUUCAAAAACAAACUAAAGCAAUUCAAAAAGAAUAGUGAAUACGCGGGUUCUGAGAGGACUUUUGAGUGAUUGAGAUAAAUCGCUAUUUACAUUUUCCGGAAGGGCACUCAGAAUGAGUGCUGGGACAAGCCGGUUUGCUUAUAAAAGAAGUUUUCAAUUUUAUUAGAGAUCUUUCUGUGUAAAAAGUGGUCACAGACUUGACACCAUAAUCACACAGGAGAGGGAGACCCAACAGACGAUGGUGUAAUGACAUCAGGGAAUUCAGUGGCAGUGAUUGGAGGCAGCGAGCAUAGAGUAGACUGCCGUGGAAAACUAAUGGAAAGGUCUACAUCCAGCACUGGAUCGAAACAAAAUAACAAUUCCCGAUAGAAUUUGUGUUGUUUAUAGAAUGGAUGCAAGUCAAUAAGCAAGUGCAUUGAUAUAGAAGUGAGAUGAGCUAACCUAAUAAUAUAUAGACCAUUUUCUCAGAUUUAUUUUUAAACAGCGCUGCCAACUUCUCGCAACUCAAUGGGGGUGGAGGGACUUCAAUCGGCCUAGCCUGAGCAGCUGGCUAGUUAGAGAUAGAACAUCGUGCAACGGAUAGUGCCUCUAGACCCUUACUAUAACAGCAGUAGACAACAGAUACAAUCUUGCUAAUUACUGUAAUUACUGUGUAUGUAAACAUAUAAAUAGGUUUUUAAGACUUGUAGACUUGUUUUUAAUAUAAGCAUUUCAUGUUUUUUCCAUUUAAAUAAUUGUGCUUGUUAGUAAUCUACGUAGAGUGAAAUGCUAGGUCUCUGAAAGUCCCUCAGUGGUAGUUGCCUGGUUAUCAGAAAUUUUCAUUUCAAAUUUUGCAAAAAUGGUCUAUGGUUAUCAUUACAACUACUACUAAUAAUAAUAAUAAUGGUACCUCUAGAUCAUAACGACUGUUUUUCACUAGGCGAAUUUAUUGACGUCAACGAAUACGCAGUAACAUUUCUAUCGGAGUUUUUUGCUUCAGCGAAAUCAGUAGUUCGAACUGUUCCUUUUUUUUUUGCAAAGCAAAAAAAUGUGCAAGCAAUCACAGCUCAGGAAGCGAACCGGCACUUUCGACUCAUGCAAAUACAUUUGCCUAGCGGAAAGCAGCCUUAAUGUAUUACAAUGUAGUAACACUCUUUUUUAUAGACAAAAUGUAAUUUUGAAACUAUUGUAUUCAAGUGGAGGUGGGUUUUUUUUUAUUGUUUGGUCACAGUUUGCCUUGUAAUCUGACUGAUUGAAGAAUAAAUAAUGCCAUCAAAAGUGA